AUUACCCACACUAUUCAGUAUUUUCUUAUUUUUCGCAAAUAAAUUUAGUAAUUUACUAUAUUACUAGUAUAAUAACUAAUAACUGUGUAAUAGUGUAAUUGCUUACCAUACUAACAUUUUGAGUACUUAUUGAGUCGAAUAAAAUGUUUUCGCGAAAAGUCGUACAAAAAUGUUGUUCCGAAUGAACUAUUUAAUAGUAAAACAUAUUUGUAGAAACAACUAUGAUAUAUCUAAGAUGCUACUAUAAAUAUUAUUAUAUAACUUUGUUGAGCAUUUUUCUCGUAUUGUGUUUAAAUGUUUAUUUGGUGUUUUUUUUUUCGAAAGACGAAUCACCCAUAGGAACACCAGUUGUAAUAAAAUACAAUGCAACAUACUUUGCUUCUCAAAAUAUUCUGAAUGCAUUGAGUAAACUUGACAAAGAAUAUGAUGUUCCAGUUCCAACUAUUCAGUCAAAUGUUUUAAGAGAACUUGAUAUACUCUUAAGUAAUUUAAAAUUAAAGAUCAAUGGUGAUAUUGAUUUAUUUGCUGCUACUGUUAAAGUAAUGAAUCAAAAUGGACUCAUGCCUCUUUAUGGUACACCAUAUCUCGGAUCAACUAUAAACUUAUUAAAAACAUCAAAAAUAAUCAAGACAUAUAAUGCUUUUAAAGGAACCCAGCUCAAGUUAAUACUUAUGUUUGAAAAUAAACAAGAAGUCUUAUUUAAACCAAAAUGGUAUCUAGAGUCUGAGGUUAUUGAAGGAAGUGUGUAUGCUGGUAAAGAUCGUUAUAAUGGUGAAAUAAUAGCAUUUUAUAUUUCUCUUAUUCUUGGAUUUCCACGUGUUCCAAUUGUGGUGAAACGAAUCUUAGACUCAACAGAAUUGCACGAAACAGCAAAUAUUGGAUUAAAAAAAACAAUGUAUAUCAAUUCAACAACCAAGGAGACAUGUGUUUAUGGCAAAUGUUAUUAUUGUAAACGCGAAGAUCCAGUAUGUACAAAAAGUGAACGUCUAGAAGGAGCAGCAAUAUUUCAUCUGCCAUCAAAUAUCAAGCUUAAACAACAUUUGCAUCCUUGGAGGAGGACAUAUAUUGAAAACAAAAGAGCCAGAUGGGAGGACGAUAAUGAUUACUGUGAUAGUAUUAAAUCUAACUAUAAUUCUGAAAGAAUCUUAGAUUUUAUUGAUGUAUCUAUUUUUGAUUUUAUUAUUGGAAACGGAGAUCGACAUAGAUAUGAAGUUGUGGAACAAUUUAAUAAUACCAUUCUUCUCAUAGAUAAUGGAAAAAGUUUUGGGAAUCCUUACAAGGAUCAUAUUGACAUAUUGGCUCCACUUUAUCAAUGUUGCAUAAUCCGUCUGAAGACAUGGGAAAGACUUAAGUCAAUUAAAGGCGGAACAUUCACAAACAUAUUACAAAGUAUGUUGGACGUGCAUGAAACCUUAUCUCUUCUUACUCUACCACAUUACCGCGCACUCGAGCGACGACUAAAAAUAAUUUAUGCUACUGUUGUUAUGUGUCAAAAAAAAUCAGAUCGAUCAAUUCUCAGAUGAUUUUAAUGACAUUUUUCAAACCCAAUAUUGUUUUUCAUUUUUUAUUGCCUUACUGUAAUUGCGUUUACAGGUAUAGAUUGUGAAAUAUUUUGAAGUUCAAAUCUUGGACUAGAGCUACACGAUAAAUUUGAAAUUAUAUUAAAAUAUCUGAUCUCAAUGAUUUUAAAAGGUCUCUUACGGAACUAUGUAUUGCACAAUCGUUUAAAAACUGAUCAAUAUAAUGAACUAAAAUAAUAUUAAAUGUAGCCAGGUAAUUAAUGCAUUAAGCUUAGCGCUAUUCACUUAAAGGACCAAACAAAACCUUGUGGUUGGUACUUAACUAAAGGUUAGCUUACUUGAGUUAGUAAAUUAAGAAUGUUACGCUAUUAGUUAAUAAAAUAGGUUUUUGUUCAACCUAAGACGAUCAAAUCGGAACAGUAAACGUUUUUAUAUGUAUGUUAAUAAAUAAAUGUAUAAUUCAAUUUAAUUCCUUGGUAUAUAACUUAGUUAUUAAUAUUUAUUUAUUAGUAAAAAAUCUUAUUAGUUUUCUGUUUUGAAUCAAUUAGCUUUUACUGUCAUGAUUUGUACAUCUUAGAUUUUAUAAAACGUUUUUAGUGAAAGUGCGAAUAAUAUUAUAUUUUUCAGCUUUUACUGGCUAGUAUUAGUAUAUAGCCACAAUGUUCAGUACAUUUCCAACCAUAUAAAAAUGGGUUAUAUUGUUGACUUCAAAUAGUUUUGCUAAAGCUUCUUUACCCACUUUCCUGUAAUGUUGUGUAAAUGCUAUUUGGUAUUCUUGCUUACAUUCAUCUUUAUACAUUUAUUUUUGUUUACAGUUAAUUUUGUGAAGGUUGUCGAAGUCAGUAUGUUUAUAGUACAAAAACUUGUGUUAUAGGCAAAACUCUCACUCCCUUUAAAAUAGUACGGUUUUGUUAAUAUUUUUUUUAUUUAAUUAAAGAGAACAUUUUGCAGGUUUGAUCAAAGCCCUAUUUUCAUAAAACUAUAAUAUUAGCUAAAAUUGGUAUUUGAAUAAUGCACAAUGUUUGCUAUUUUUCUGUCACUAUUUAAAGUACAUUGAAAUUCGGGCUUUGAUCCAACCUACCAAAAGUUCUCAUCUUAAAAGA